UAGCAUAUUUAACAUUACGAGUUUGAAAGGUCAUAUAACUAUAUAAAUAUUAUGACGUGAUUUAAAUAAUAAGCAUCAAAAAUCUUUUUUUCUUUGUCUAAAGUUGGUCAGUGUCUCAUAUUCAAAUAGAUUCACGUAAAUCGAAACGAACAGAAUAAUAAUUAACUGCGUGGAACAAGGUGGGAUGAUAGGAAUGACGGAAAGUGCUUUCAUGUAUAAGCCAAUAACAGAUGAUGAAGCUGACAAGAAAGCUGCUGCUAGAGCUUUGAUUAUUCAUUUGACUUGGGUUUUUGAUCUUCUAGUACAUGGAGAUUAUUCAAUAGAAUUGCAACAUUAUCUUGAAAAAAGUUUACCAAGAUUCAGGUCUGAAGAGAAAUUACUUAUAAAAAACAGCACAGAUUUCAUUGGACUUGAUCAUUAUUCAACUUUAUUGGUCAAGGAUUGUCUUUAUUCAAAUUGCACAUGCAUGCAUGACAAUAAUCCUACGUGCACCCAUGGAGAAAAUCGUGCAAUCUCACAGUACACCCUCUUACCCUCCCGCUGAAUUAUGGUCAAAGUUAUUACGACACACUCUAAUUUCAUAGGGGUCCUAUUACCCCUUAAUCUCAUUUUUAGCAUAUUUUUUUCACCAUUUUUUGCUGAUGUGACAUCUUUAUUAUAUAAAAUGGGGCCUACUUCAAAGGUGUUACGUCAACUAAAAAGGUUGACAAAAAGUGCUACGUCAGCUAAAAAGGUUGACAAAAAUAUACUGAAAUUUAGUUUAGGACAAUAAGGCCCCCGUGAAGUUGGAGUGUGUCAUAGCAAAUUUGAUCAUCGUUCAUGGGUACUAGAUGUUUUACUAAAAAACAAAUGAAUACUUUUGAAACUUGUGGGUCUAAAAUAAUCCUUUAGAUAUUUUUGUGAUUGAAAAUCCUAUCAUUAAGGGUAAAAGAGAAAUUUUAACGUUAAAUUAUUCUACAUAUGAUAAAGUGAACACUGAAGAAUUAAGUGAUCUUAAUACGAAUCAUCAUGAACAACUAAGCAAGGAAGCAAGAAAGCAAGAAAGAGAGGAAGAGGAAGAGAGAAGAGAGAAGAGAGAAGAGAGAAGAGAGAACAAAGAUGAUCAUAGAGUAUUAAUCAAGAGUGUAAUUCUGUUAUUCAAGCUGUUAUCUAAUAGUACAUGAUACAUUUGUAUAUAUAGGUAGUUAGUAAGUGAGCUAAGACAACUAAUAGGUUAGUUGGUUGGUUAGUGGUGAGCUAGAGGUUAGUUAUGACUAACUUUACUGAUUCAUUGCAGUAGUAAUUUGAUAUAGUUGGAACACCUUUAACUACCUGCUUCAACACUCCCCUCAAACU